AUGGCCGCCACCACGCUCCAGGAAAAGCUCGAUGGCCUCAGCGCCGAACUGGCCAAAGCCACGCCGCCCCCCUUUGGCCACGCCUGCAAGAAGCUCUACUCGUUCGACGACGACUACGUCAACCUCAACAACGGCUCCUUCGGCACCUGCCCCAACCACGUUCUCGAGGCCUACAAGCACUACCUCGCCGAGUCGGAGCGCCGCCCCGACAUCUGGAUGCGCACCGGCUUCAAGCCCCUGCUCGAGCGCUCUCGCAAGGAGCUGGCGCAGCUCGUCAACUGCCCCGUCGAGGACCUGGUCCUCCUCACCAACGCCACCACGGGCGUCAAUGCCAUCCUGCGCGGCAUGGCGGGCACCUGGUCGGCCACCAAGCGCGAGGCCAUCCUGGUCUACGACACCGUCUACGGCGCCUGCGGACGCACGGCGCAGUACAUUGUCGACUCGCACCCCUCGCUCCAGCUCAGCGUCGUAAAGGUGCCCGUCACCUACCCCAUCGCCCACGACGACUUCCUGCAGCGAACCAGGGAGACCCUCGACCAGGCCAAGCGCGACGGCGUGCGCGUCCGCGUCGCCAUCCUCGAUACCAUCUCGUCGCUGCCCGGCGUCGUCGUGCCGUGGCAGCAGACAGUCCAGCUGCUCAGGGAGCACGACGUCCUCUCGCUCGUCGACGGCGCCCACGCCGUCGGUCAGAUCCCGCUCAACCUGCGCGACGCCGACCCGGACUUUUUUGUGUCAAACUGCCAUAAAUGGCUCAGCGCCCACCGAGGCUGCGCGUUCCUGUACACGCCCAAGCGGAACCAACACCUGGUACCGGGCAUGCCCACAUCGCACUACUACGUCUCGCCGACCGACGCCCCUGCCAAGGGGCCCUCCUUGAUCCCGACCGACGCGCCGUCCAACUACGUGGCGGUGUGGGAGAGCAACGGGACGCAGGACCAGUCCAACUUCCUCUGCAUCCCCGCCGCGCUCGAAUUUCGACGCUGGCUGGGCGGCGAAGACCGCAUCAUGGGCUACACGACGCGUCUAGCCCAGCGCGGCGGCGAGAUCCUGUCGCGCCGCCUGGGACACGGCAGCACCGUCAUGGACCUCGCGCCCAACCGCAUCCUCACGUCUUCCAUGGUCAACGUCAGCCUCCCCCUCGACCUCGACAGCCUGCGCAGCGCGGAGGCGGAGGCGGAGGCGAUGCCCUCGCUCGCCUUCGUCGCGAGCCGCUUCCAGACGGCGCUGGCGGAUCGGUACCCGACUUUCGUGCCCUUCUACGUCCACGCCGACACGAUCUGGUUCCGCGUCAGCGCGCAGGUCUGGCUCGAGGAGAGCGACUUUGACUGGCUCGCCGAUGCUAUUCUCGACACGGUGCAGCACCUCGGCUGGUCGCUCCUCGCCGCUGAGCCGUCGUCUUCCAAGACCAAGACAGAGGCGAACGGCGUCGUCGACGAUCAGCAGAGCGUUGAGGCCAAGGCGGCGUAA